CAAAAAGAGGAAAUUUCUCAAGCUCUUCGUGCCGAGCAAGCGGUGCUAGCUGAUCGAGGUGCAGCCAUAAUGUGCCUUAUGUACUUGUCGGCAAGUAAUGGAGAACCAAGUGAAAUGGUUGCCGAAGCGCUUCAGUUAGGGAUUCAUUUGCUCAACGGCGGAAAUGUCAAUAUCCAGAAGAUGCUUAUCGAUUAUCUACAGCUAAAAAAGGAUGUUCGCUUUUUCACCUCUCUGGCUGGUUUAAUGAAUAAAUGUAGUGUGCUAAACCUUGAAAUGUUCGAAAGGCAAAUUAAAGCUGAAGGUCUGGGUAUGGGUGCUGAAUUGGCCGCUGGUGAUAACCAGAAUUUGAACGAUUCUGAAUUUACAUGCAGUCUUUUCCGAUUUCUACAGCUCACUUGCGAAGGCCAUAAUUUAGAAUUUCAAAAUUACCUACGAACCCAACCAGGACACACGACCAGCGUGAAUCUGAUCAACUGCACUGUUGAUUAUUUGCUACGCCUUCAAGAAUCCGUGAUGGAUUUCUAUUGGCAUUAUUCGAGCAAGGAAGUAAUCGAUGAGGGUGGCAAGGAGUAUUUUUUGAGGGCAAUUCAAGUGUGCAGCCAAGUAUUCAAUACACUUACUGAAAGCAUACAGGGUCCUUGCACUGGUAAUCAGAUGACACUGGCGAAUUCACGUCUCUGGGAUGCAAUUAAUGGUUUCUUCUUCCUGUUUGCGCAUAUGAUGGAAAAGCUGUACAAAAAUAGCACACAGCUCGAGCUACUCCGGGAAUUUCUGAAUUUGCAGAAAGAUAUGAUAGUGCUGAUGCUGUCGAUGCUUGAGGGAAAUGUUCUGAACGGUCCAAUUGGUAAGCAGAUGGUCGAUGCACUGGUUGAAAGUGAACAGAAUGUGGAAAUGAUCCUGAAAUUCUCGGAUAUGUUCCUUAAGCUAAAGGAUUUAACAACAUCUCAGGCAUUCCAGGAUUUCGAUACAAAUCGCGAUGGUUGGAUAUCACCCAAAGAAUUCCAGCGUGCUAUGGAAAGUCAAAAAAUGUACACCGUGGAGGAAAUAACAUACCUGAUGAUGUGCACUGAUGUGAAUAACGAUGGCAAAGUUGAUUACAUGGAAUUCACCGAACGCUUCCAUAAUCCAGCAAGAGAUAUUGGUUUUAAUGUUGCUGUGUUGCUAACAAAUCUAAAAGAGCACAUCACUAAUGAUCCACGAUUGGAGAAAAUUGUCGAAAAAGCAGGAAGUCUGCUGGAGUACUUCGAUCCUUAUCUUGGUAGAAUUGAAAUUAUGGGUUCCAGUAAACGAGUCGAAAAAAUUUAUUUCGAAAUCCAAGAAUCAUGGCUGGAGCAAUGGAGCAAGCAGCAAAUUAGGUAUUUCAUUUAUUUAUCGCUAUUAAAAAUUACCAAAACCGGUCGGACAACGGGCGUUGGGAACUGA